AUGAAGAUCCUAGACCUCAAUCACUUUUCUUCUCCGCAGACGCAACAGCGCACAGACCCACAUCGCGAGUUUCGUGCGGAGGACAAAAAGUUUCCAGCCUGCCAGAUCAAACAACAGCAAAGCUUCGAGCUCGAAGCACCGAGUCAACCAUCUUCAAUCUCCUUGACGUGGCUUCUGCUUGCAAUGGCUUUCAGCAAUAAUCCUACGCAGAUCUUUGCAGACGACGUACAAGAAGAGAAGGGUGAAAAUGCAAGACUGUCAGCUUUUGUUGGCGCAAUCGCGGUAGGCGACUUGGUCAAAAGUACUCUAGGACCUAAGGGAAUGGACAAGAUAUUACAGUCUGCGUCGACCGGCGAGAUAAUGGUGACGAACGAUGGUGCAACUAUUCUGAAAUCCAUAGCUCUCGACAAUGCGGCUGCAAAAGUUUUGGUCAAUAUUUCCAAGGUCCAGGACGACGAGGUCGGAGAUGGGACAACCUCUGUGGCAGUUUUGGCAGCUGAGCUGCUACGAGAAGCAGAGAAGCUUGUAGAGAGGAAGAUACAUCCACAGACGAUCAUCGAGGGAUACCGGAUAGCCAGUCAUGCUGCUCUUGCUGCUUUAGAGAAAUCUGCAGUGGACAACAGUAAGGACAAGGCUGCAUUCCGACGGGAUUUGUACGCCAUCGCAAGAACAACUCUCAGCUCCAAAGUCCUGAGCCAAGACCGAGACCGGUUUGCGGAACUUGCUUGUGACGCUGUCCUCCGACUCAAAGGCUCUACAGACCUUAGUCACAUUCAAAUCAUCAAGAAGGCGGGCGGAAAGCUAAGUGAUUCAUAUCUGGACGAAGGAUUUAUCCUCGACAAGCGCAUUGGGGUGAACCAACCGAAACGACUGGAAAAUGCGAAGAUCCUCUGCGCAAAUACUGCGAUGGAUACAGACAAGAUCAAGAUCUUCGGAGCACGAGUCAAGGUCGAAUCCACUGGCAAGCUUGCCGAGCUGGAAAAGGCCGAGAGAGAGAAAAUGAGGGCGAAAGUGGAAAGAAUCAAGGCACAUGGAAUCAAUUGUUUCGUGAACCGGCAGCUGAUCUACAAUUGGCCUGAACAGCUCUUCUCCGAAGCUGGCAUGGUAUCAAUAGAGCAUGCAGAUUUCGAUGGUAUCGAGAGAUUAGCACUCGUGACGGGAGGCGAGAUUGCGUCCACGUUCGACCAUCCGGAGCACGUCAAGCUUGGCCACUGCGAUCUCAUUGAGGAAGUUAUUAUUGGAGAAGAUACCCUUAUCAAGUUCUCGGGCGUGGCAGCUGGCCAAGCGUGCACAGUCGUCCUUCGCGGAGCUACAGAGCAACUCCUUGAUGAGGCUGAAAGAUCACUACAUGAUGCUCUAGCAGUCCUCUCACAGACAGUCAGAGAACCGAAGACGACAUUGGGCGGUGGUUGUGCGGAGAUGGUCAUGGCCAAAGCGGUUGACUCGGCAGCACAUAAGAUUGGAGGGAAGAAGAGGAUAGCGGUGGACUCAUUUGCCACGGCACUUCGACAACUACCUACAAUCCUGGCAGACAAUGCAGGGCUGGACUCCAGCGCACUUGUCACCGAGUUGCAGGCCGAGGUCUACCGAGGGAUGAUGAGCUCGGGCUUAGACCUGUUGACCCCUGGUGGAGGUAUUGCCGACAUGAGAGAUAUGGGAGUCAUUGAGAGCUACAAACUCAAGCGGGCGGUGGUCUCAUCCGCCUCGGAGGCUGCAGAGUUGCUGCUAAGGGUGGAUAACAUUAUUCGAAGUGCUCCGAGGAAGCGGGAACGCAUGUGA